UCUCCAGCCGCUGACCUGAUUCGACCUCUCCAGAAAUAGACAUUUAACUCUCUGAACCCCUGUUUAAGUAUAGAAUUCUUUUGGGCGCUCUCUUCAUUUCUAAGGUUCAAAGGGAAGAGGCGAAGAUUCCAGGGUCUUACCGCCCUCGCAGCCAAUGAGGGAGCCCGGGGGGAGGAGCCUGGCGAGCUCUAGCUGAUGUGAGACUCGCCCCCAGUAGAUGCGGUGGAGUUUGAGCUUUGCUGCAUCCGUCACUGAAGAACAAAAUAAAGAGUAGAGGAGACAGGCAGCAGAGCAUGGGAGGCAGUGGGGCUUUCUGAAACGUUUGCUGGGCUUUCCGCGGAGCAUGAGCUUUUAAAACGAAUUCUUUUUUUAAAAAAGAAACUCAUUUGUGUAGCUGGGAAAAUGAUACAUAUGCUAAAUGCAGCAGCCUAUCGGGUGAAAUGGACCAGAUCCGGUGCUGCUAAGAGGGCUGCCUGCCUGGUGGCUGCGGCAUAUGCUCUGAAAACCCUCUAUCCCAUCAUUGGCAAGCGUUUGAAGCAGCCUGGCCACAGGAAGGAAGCAGCAGCAGCAGCAGCUUACCCGCCUGCAGAGAACAGAGAAAUACUGCAUUGCACAGAGAUCGUCUGUAAAAAGCCUGCGCCGGGACUGAAUGCAGAUUUUUUCAAACAGCUACUAGAACUUCGGAAAAUCCUCUUUCCAAAACUUGUAACCACUGAGACAGGGUGGCUCUGCCUCCAUUCGGUGGCUCUCAUCUCAAGAACAUUUCUUUCUAUCUAUGUGGCUGGUCUGGAUGGGAAAAUCGUGAAAAGCAUAGUGGAAAAGAAGCCUCGGAGUUUCAUCAUCAAAUUAAUCAAGUGGCUUAUGAUUGCCAUCCCUGCCACCUUUGUCAACAGUGCUAUAAGGUACCUGGAGUGCAAACUGGCUUUGGCCUUCAGAACUCGCUUAGUAGACCAUGCCUAUGAAACCUAUUUUGCGAAUCAGACCUAUUAUAAGGUGAUAAACAUGGACGGGAGGCUGGCAAACCCUGACCAGUCCCUUACUGAAGACAUUAUGAUGUUCUCACAGUCCGUGGCUCACUUGUAUUCCAACCUUACCAAACCUAUUUUAGAUGUAAUCCUAACUUCCUAUACCCUCAUCCGGACUGCUACAUCGAGAGGAGCAAGCCCAAUCGGGCCCACGCUGUUAGCGGGACUUGUGGUGUAUGCCACUGCAAAAGUGCUAAAAGCUUGCUCUCCCAAAUUUGGUACCCUGGUUGCUGAAGAAGCUCAUAGGAAAGGCUACCUGCGCUAUGUUCACUCCAGGAUUAUAGCCAACGUGGAAGAAAUUGCCUUCUACAGAGGACAUAAGGUAGAAAUGAAGCAACUGCAGAAAAGUUACAAGGCUUUAGCUUCCCAGAUGAACCUUAUUUUAUCCAAGCGUUUGUGGUACAUCAUGAUAGAACAGUUCUUGAUGAAAUAUGUGUGGAGCAGCUGUGGACUGAUUAUGGUGGCAAUACCCAUUAUCACUGCAACAGGCUUUGCAGAUGGUGAUCUGGAGGAUGGCCCAAAGCAGGCUAUGGUUAGCGAUCGGACAGAAGCCUUUACCACUGCCCGAAAUUUAUUGGCCUCUGGUGCUGAUGCCAUUGAAAGAAUUAUGUCUUCAUACAAAGAGAUCACUGAACUAGCAGGCUACACUGCUAGAGUGUACAACAUGUUCUGGGUCUUUGACGAAGUGAAAAGAGGCAUUUAUAAGAGAAAUGUCACUCCGGAGCCUGAAAAGCAUAGCAAGAGCGGAGGUGACAUGGAGCUACCCCUCAGUGACACCCUAACGAUUAAAGGGACAGUGAUUGACGUAGAUCACGGAAUCAUCUGUGAGAAUGUGCCCAUCAUCACACCAGCAGGAGAAGUCGUGGCUUCCCGGCUUAACUUCAAAGUAGAAGAAGGGAUGCAUCUUUUGAUAACUGGUCCUAAUGGUUGUGGAAAAAGCUCUCUCUUCAGAAUCCUAAGUGGACUAUGGCCUGUGUAUGAAGGAGUCCUUUAUAAACCACCUCCCCAACAUAUGUUCUAUAUUCCACAGAGGCCAUACAUGUCUCUUGGAAGUCUGCGUGAUCAAGUCAUUUAUCCUGACUCAGUGGAUGACAUGCAUGAAAAAGGAUACACUGACCAAGACCUGGAAGGCAUUCUGCACAGUGUCCACCUCUACCACAUAGUUCAAAGAGAAGGAGGAUGGGAUGCUGUUAUGGACUGGAAAGAUGUCCUAUCAGGAGGGGAAAAGCAGAGAAUGGGUAUGGCACGGAUGUUUUAUCAUAAACCAAAGUAUGCAUUGCUGGAUGAAUGUACCAGUGCUGUGAGCAUUGAUGUUGAAGGAAAGAUAUUUCAGGCUGCUGUAGGGGCUGGGAUUUCCUUACUGUCCAUAACGCACAGACCUUCUCUGUGGAAGUACCACACUCAUUUAUUACAAUUUGAUGGCGAAGGAGGUUGGCGCUUUGAGCAGCUGGACACCGCUAUCCGUUUAACAUUAAGUGAAGAGAAGCAGAAGUUAGAGUCUCAGUUAGCUGGAAUUCCCAAAAUGCAGCAGAGACUCAAUGAACUAUGUAAAAUUUUGGGAGAAGACUCGGUGCUGAAAACAGAUCAAAAGGAAAAGGACUCACCCUGAUUUGCCUGGACACAUUUUAAGUUUCACUUUUAGGUAAAGCCUCAGAGACUCUCUCUUCACUGCAUGCCAUCUGUUAAGCUGAGUGCAGAGAAAGCAAGCCAGCAAAAAGUAUUUUGUAUGAUUUUAGCGUCAAGGAAGUAUAAGGUAACUUUUUGAAAGAAAAAAGGCAAAUGCAUUAGUCAAGGUUAGUCAUGACUUCCAUUAAUGCCCAAUGAAAGGCCAGCUCACCUAUAAAACAGGACUGUCUACGGGGAUGCCUGCAGUCUGAGAUUCUUCUUGUGGGAGAAAGCCCAAAAACCAAAACAGUGAAGGCAGCACCUGGGUUGAUGUCAGGUGCUCAGAAUUACAACUUGGAGUGCUGUUUCCGCCUACUUACCAUGCACAGUUGGUGCAGCACCUGAAAUCCAUAAUCAGCAUUACUAGUGGCCAGCUAAACCUGUGACAAAACAACAGACAGUUUAAAAAAAAUUCAAUAUGAAAAAAUGUAUUUUAAUGACAGUGGUUGAAAACAAGCAUGGUUAGACAAGUAUAAAGUACUGUGUGUAAAAUGUUCAGACUUUGAGCAUCUUAACACAAAAAAAUUAACUUUAAUUAGAAUUGUGCGUAUUUAUUAAAAACCCUUUUAUUUUUUAAAAAGAGAAUUGUCCACAGAAAAGAGGAGGAUCCAGACAAUGCUUGUACUGGCUGCGGCUUGAAUCUAUAGUGCUAUCCACUUCAGUUUUCAUGCAGAAAUCCUGCUUGUUUUGUGCCCAAAGAAACAUUUUAAAAACUUGAUUACUGUCCUAAAUACAGAUCCUGGAGUUCAUAGUUA